AUGCACCUCAGGACCAUCAUCUGUGGCUUUCUCGUCGCCUGGACCUCAGCUGCUAAUGCCGGCACCAUCAACUGUGUCCGGACGGGGUGUCCGGGAAAAGCCAACCAAAGGUGGCAUGUAGGACCCCCAUCGGCGAAGUGCGGGGAGCUUGUUGAGGACGGCUCCAUUUGUGGAAAGCGACGCUCAAAGAUUUACUACGUCUGCAGUACCUGCAGGUAUACAAUUGUCAGCAACAAGCAAAUGUUACUUGACAGCCAAGAAGGGUGCACCCAUGAAAAUAGAUAUCUGCUUGCUCCUGGGCAAACCCCACCCAACGAUUCAGGUUCAGAUGGACCAUCUGCAGCAGCAUCAGGAGCCCAGCCUACACCCUCAACAUCACCUAGUGGCCUUCCAUUCUAUAAUUUGGGCCAGCAGCCAACAAAUCCUAGUGGCCUUCCAUUCUAUGAUUUCUUCCAGAAAGAAUAA